AUGUGCAGCUACCUGUUUUUUGACAUCUCCACAAUUGUGUGCGCACGCAUUAAGCUGUGUCAGCCCUCGAAGCGUGAUGAUCAGAAGUUGAGGUCAGUAUCCGAUCACCGUAAUCGUUCCAUCACGUCAUGUACUAACUACGGACAUGGCAAUGAAAGUUUUCUUUCGUUGUCGUAGCCUGUUUUUCAAUCAUUUUAAAUCGUUGAUUCGAAGAAAAGGAAAGAACUGUACCUUAUUAUCGUGAGAUGCCUCGAUCAUUUCUUGUGAAAAAUCACAGAUCGAAGAAACGAGCGCAUGAUAGCAGUCCUGACGAAGAAGACUCAAAUGAUGUAAAAGCUAGUCUAGGAAAAGAUGACUUCGUUGUUGGAACGAAAAUCAAACAUCAGUUUGCGCCAGCAGCGCAUAGUCUUCGCGCUUUGGCAGAUGUAUGUGCUUUGAAACAACUUGAAGAAAGCAGUCGGAAAGUACAAUCACAAGAGCACAAUCAAAAAAAAAGCUUUCUUUCAAGGCACGAAGAAACAGAACCAUUUCCAGAUGAAGUUCUGGAAACACUUUGUCUAAUUCGCAACUCUAGCUUAGAUUUAAAAAGAUUACUGUCUCCUCCCCAGAACAACGAUAUUAAAACAAAUGACAAACCAUUUGAAACACGUAAACACGAAAAAAAGUUUCUGCAAUCUUCAAAGGAAAGAAACCAUACACCUGAAUCAAAGAGACUGGAUCGAGAGCUUGAGAAAAUGUUGAAGGGAAACCAGGAGGUAAUUCAACGUGAAAUAAAAGAUUUUUUUGACAAUAAUCGCUUCACCGAGAAAGAAAUUGUGAAAGAAACAGAAUUGACGAUCGUUGACGCAUCACGAUUUUUUUCUGAUUUUUGGCAUACUAAAGAAGAAAAAAGAGAAAUUUUCUUCAGAUGGUAUUUACAGAAGAAGUCAUGUGGUAAAGACAGUCAAAGUUUCACUUGCUAUAAAUGUGGGAAAAUUUUCGCUUACGAGAGCUAUCUUGAGAGACAUGUCAAGUACGUUUGUCCUGACAAAACUGGUCGUACAUGGAAAUGCACAUACUGUGUAAAGGCAUUUCAAUAUCCAUGUUAUUUAAGGAGGCAUAUGCGAUCGCACACAGGAGAGAGUCCAUACAAAUGUACACAAUGCUCACGGGCGUUCGUUCGCUCUACCGAUUUACAGCGUCACCUUCGUAACCAUACUGGUGAAAAGCCAUAUAAAUGUGCCGAAUGCAUGAGAGCGUUUGCUCGCUCAACAGAUCUCAAGCGACAUUUUCGAACGCACACGGGUGAAAAACCUUACAAAUGCUGGCAUUGUUCAAAAGCGUUCUCACAAUCCGGCUCCUUGCAAACUCAUCUGCACACACAUUACAAGGAAGCAAUACAAAAGAAAGAUAUGGCAACUGCAGAGCGACUCAAAAAUAGCAUCAGAAAAAAACUUAUAAACAAGGUUGUGACUAGUAAGGCAUUAUAAAUUUCCAAAAUGGUUCUUUCUUUCCAGCAGUCUGCAAUUUAACAGUAAAAUAUGUAUGUAAUGUUUAUUGUCUGUUUAUGAAAGAUUUAUGGGGGCCAAACUAGCUUGUUUAAAAGAUGGUAGUCAUGAUUUCUCAAAAAAAUUUAAAUACUUUUUGUACUUACUGAAAAAUAGAAUUGUGAGUCGUAUAUUUAUAACUCCUGCAAAAUGAAACAUUCGUGAUGAAACGUUAAUUUUUU